GCUAGCUCAAGAACUCCUCACUAACUCAGAUCUUACAUCCUUCAUUCAACUCCUAGAAAGUAUACUUUUCAUUUCUCACAAUUUCUAAAUCUAAAGACAUCAUAAAUGGUUGAUAUCAAGUCGUUAUCUACUACUUCUUCACAUCCAAUGAGAGAUUCUGUGGUGUCUUGACUUUCUUCCUUGCUCUGUUCGAGAUUAUAUGACCAAAGUCAUCUAUACAUACAACAACUAUACAUUAUAUGGAUUAAAUAAAAAACAAUGGUAGUUCUUUGGGAAACACAAAGCUUCAACUAAAACCAAUUCUCUGCUUCUUCUUGGUCGCUUUACCUUCAAGUUUCCCCGCUCUGUCUUCAUAUAUCAAAGAGCUAGUACUACACUUUUUAUUACAGACACAUACUUAAAACAUUUAACUCUUAUCUUUCUUUUUACUUCUGUCUCUAUGUUUUGUUUUUUUUUUUAUCUUGAUGUGGUCUCUCUCUCUCUCUCUCUUGGGUUUAUAUCACAGUUAGAGUAGAGAGAAAGCAAUAGUUGAAGAGAGAGAGAGAGAGAGAGAAAGAUAAGCGAUGAACACUAGUGUUCGAGCUGGUUUUUCCUCCAUGAAAGCUCCUUCGAAGCAUGUCACCACUCAAGAGGAAAAGAAGAAGAAGAUGGUGUCCCAAGGCAAUGAAACUUUAGCUAAUCGGCGCAGAGCUAACAAAGAAAAGAAAAUGGAUUUGCUACAAGAUGUUGAUAAGCUAAAGAGGAAGCUGAGACAAGAGGAGAAUGUGCAUAGAGCAUUGGAGAGAGCUUUCACUAGACCUUUAGGAGCUUUACCUCGUCUUCCCUCUUAUCUCCCUCGACAUACACUGGAGCUUCUUGCUGAAGUAGCUGUUCUUGAAGAGGAAGUAGUUCGGUUAGAAGAGCAAGUUGUUAGCUUCAGACAAGGUCUAUACCAAGAAGCUGUUUACAUUUCUUCAAAGAGUAACGGUCUGAACGAGAAUUCUCCAGUUAGAAGCACUAAACACCAGAGAUCUAAAUCCAUGUCACAACAUGAGUUGAAAUCUAUGAUCACUCCUCCUAAAAAGUAUCAACAGUCUCUUAGUCCUAGCAGAAGCAUCUCAAGUAGGAAACUCUUCUCCUCUGAUCAGACAGUUAAUGACAAACAAGCAUCGCCUAAACCAAAUGUAAGCAGUGUUGUUACUAAGCCAGUUGAUGUGAGAGGGAAAGAGAAUCAGACCUCUAGUAACGGUUUAAAAGACAAGAAGAUUAAAGAAUCACCUGAGAAGAGACUUAUGAAACCUUUGAGUAAGCUAGAUGAUAGAUUAGCAGACCAAGACAAAGCACAGGAGAGUGUCUCGGAACCGGUGCAAAGUGGAACUGCAGCAAACAGAGUUUCAGAGGAAUUACUGAGAUGCGUGGUGAGUAUUAUCUUGAGGAUUAGCUCGUCCAAGGACAUUGUGUUGGAUCCAUAUAGUAACUGUUCAGAAUGGAGAACAAGAGAGCUUGGUGCAUACAAGAAUCUUUGCUCAGUUGAUGCAUCUUCCAUUAAUCUUGGGAGAAGAAUCAAUGCUUUAUUUCUGAUCCAUCGUCUCAAGUUCCUGCUUAAUAAGCUUUCAGUUGUAAAUCUAGAUGGUCUUAGCCACCAACAGAAGCUUGCAUUCUGGAUAAAUACUUAUAACUCAUGUGUGAUGAAUGGUUUCUUGGAGCAUGGGAUCCCUGAGACCCCUGAGAUGGUUGUUGCCCUUAUGCAAAAGGCAAAAAUAGUUGUAGGAGGACACUCACUUAAUGCUAUCACAAUUGAACACUUCAUCUUGAGACUUCCAUAUCACUUAAAGUUUAAUUGUCCCAAAACUGCAACACAUGAAGAGAUGAAAGCUCAUAGCACAUUUGGAUUGGAAUGGUCAGAACCUUUGGUCACUUUUGCUCUCUCCUGUGGAAGCUGGUCUUCUCCUGCUGUAAGGGUUUAUACAGCAGCAAGUGUAGAAAAAGAGUUAGAAGCUGCAAAGAGGGAUUAUCUUCAAGCAUCUGUAUGGAUCUCAAAGAAGAACAAACUAAUGAUUCCAAAGGUAUUAGAUUGGUAUUUGCUAGAUUUUGCAAAAGAUGUGGAAUCUUUGUUAGAUUGGGUUUGCCUUCAGUUGCCUGAUAAACUCAGAGAAGAAGCUAUGAAGUGUGUGGAAAGAAAGAACAAAGAAUCACUCAUGGCGUUGGUUCAAGUAGUACCAUAUGACUUCAGUUUCAGGUUGCUUUUGCAUCAAUGAAAAAAAGGUUUGAUGAUUUGUAAUGAUAAUAAUGUUUCAAAAAUGUGGAAGUGGAACCUUGUAUAGAUUUGGGUUGGAGAGUGUAAAGUAGAGCAAAAGUUAAAAUUUGUUAUUGGUUGGCUGAGAGUAGAUAUAUAGUCAUAUGUUUGUGUUCUUUACAAUAAAGUGAAUAAACUAUAGAGUGAUAGCAAUUUAUUCUCAAUUGAUUUUAUCUACAAUGCUA